AAUUUGGAUUCUUCUGACGAAACUGCGCAACGAAUAGGUGGUGGAUUGGAUGAAUUAAAUAGUAUUCUUAGUGCUACGCAAAAGAAAAUUAAUAGAUUCAAGACUGUCUGUGGCAGUUUGGGUACCCUAUUGAAAGUAAAAGUGGGAUCCAAAAAUAAUACACCAGAUCAUAAACUCACUGAACGAAACCACAAUGAGACAAAGGAUAUUGAUCCUGAAACAUCUAUGAACGAAGAGAACUUAACGGUAGAGUUUACUGACCAAAAACACACGGAAAACAUAGAAACUAACACAGCAAUGCCAAAAACAAUUGAUCUUAAUGAAAAAAUGGGAUCUCAUUUGGAUAAAUUAGACUCUCUCAUUACUAAAGCAGAAAAUGCUCAGUAUAGUAUGCAAUACCAAACAAAACAAAUGAAAAAAUUCCUAAAGUAAUUCUUCAUAUACAAAAAAGUAGUACUGUAUUCUAAUAUUAUCAGGCCUCUUCCAAACUUUACUCAUUGUUCAUGGUAUCAUGCUUGAAAAAUCAUACAAAUUCAAAUUUGUAUUGUGUUAUGUAUGCUAAAGAUAGAUAUAGAAUGACAGAAUGACAAGUAUAUACAAAAAUUAAUAACUAAAUUAUUAUAAUAUUUAUCAAAUAUAUGUAUACAAUGAAGAAUGUAUAUUUUACAGUUUGAAGAAGCAAGUAUGUACUUAUUUUGCUCGAUUAUCUAUUACAUUCUAAUUGCACAUCAUUGUGCUAUAUAUAUAUAUAUAUAUAUAUAUAUUUAAUAUACAUAUGUGCAUCAAUGCAGAAGCUUUCUUAAAAUCUUAAGAGACAUUCAGCAAAACGAAGUAACAUUAGGAUACUAUCAGGCAAAACUUAUUUUUCUUAAUAUUUUUAUUAAAUUACAUAUAUGUGAUACAUUCUCAUAAUACAACUAUUAAGAUAAUUAAAAUUUUCAUUAUAAAUAUAAAUAUUUAUCAAUAUUUGAAAAUAAUUAUAAGUUAAAAGUGAUUCUUUCUGUGAAAGAAAUAUUAAAAUAAUCAGUUAAAAUUGGCUAUAAAAUAAAUACUAUAUAUUAAUGAUUAUAUUGUAAAUUGAUGUUAAUUGUGAUUGUAAUUAUUGCAUUGCAAUCAUAAUUGAUCAUAAUAUGCUCAUUCCAAAUUUCCUUUUCAUAUUUUAAUAUUACAUUUUACAAAUUGUAAUCUUUUGUUAAUUUACAUUAUAAUUUAUUAAUUUAUAUAUUUUCGAUACGUAGUAAAGUGAAAUUUAUUUCCAUAAUAAUAUAUUCAUUUUGAAAUGAACUAAAUUUUUUAUCUAAGAUUACUUUAAAAAUUGCUCAGUUUUUACAAUAUUAUCAGCAUAUAUUAAAUCUAUCCUAUUAAUACACAUCUAAUAUUAAAAAUGUUACAUUAAUGUUGUUAAUUGUCUAUAUAAAAAUACAUAAUAUUGAUUUUAUUAGCUAAAUAUAUUUUAAACAAGGGUCAACAUUCUACCUAAUGUUAUAUAAUAAGGUUCAUAGAAAAAGUAAUACACUAAUAAAAUACAAUUGUUAUACAUAAUUUAUUACUGUUAUAACAAUCACAGCAAUCAUUACAGUACCUGAGACCAGGUAUUAGACAAUAUUAACGUGCCAUGUAUCUAAUAUGACUUGAAAAGAACAAUGAAUUUUCUUUGCUAUCUAAUCGUUACUGUACAAGUAAAGAUUUUUAUUGUUGCAUUUGUUUAGAAAAUAAAAUUUUAUAAAUACAGUUGAUAUUUAA